AUGGAGGAAAGCUUAAGCGAAGAAAUACCAAUCGCGGGUCAGCCACACAUCGGAGCACUCCCCACAGAACUUAUCGCUCAGAUAUUCCUCGAAGUGGUGGAAGGGAGGCUCAAUGUUGACCUGAAGUUAUCUUGGUGGAACCCCAGGUCCGACCCACAAUGGACGUUGGCUCGAGUUUGCGGGGCGUGGCGUGACGUGGCCCUUUCCACACCUUUACUCUGGCGAAGCCUCCACAUCCGCCACAGCUUCGCCCCAUACGACUCCGUUCCCGUUGCAAGACUGCGGAGGGUACUCAAACUACAACUGGACCGCGCUGUGGGGGCCCCAUUGCAUGUUUCCUUCAGCUCGCCGUACGACGAGGACUUUGAUGCCAGGCGCAGGGCCCAACGAGCAGUCAUCGUCAACGCCUUGUUUGCAGCAACGCAUCGUUGGGAGACAGCUGAUCUUUCCGUGGCAGAAAACGAAAUGCGCAUCCUUCACAAUCUUCCUUCCGACGACCCAUUUCCACUUCUUCGAGUAUUGAAGCUCACACACAACAAGUGGACGGCGAGCGAGCGCGAGCUCGACAUCCUGAGUAUCUUCCAAUCCAACCACAAUGCCCCUCCCAAUCUCCGCCACGUCGGGUACUCCGGCGGCUAUCGUGGCUUUUCAUUCAACCUUCUUCUCCAACAUCUACGUAGCCCAAGCUUUCCUUGGGCACAAAUCACCUCGCUUUCCCUGCGCACCGUUCUGGCGUCGACAGCAACAGUUGCCCGCGGACUCGAGCUCCUCCGACCGGCCGGUCCCGCGCUUCAAGCCCUCAAUUUGGCCGAAUACCAACUUCAUGACCUGGACGAUAUAUCCACCGAGAACUUGGACGACCUCAUAUUUGACCAGCUCCGAUCACUGACUUUCAGCAACGGCAACGACAGUAUUUUGCGCUACAUCCGCGCGCCGAGGCUGGAGAGCUUCGAGCUCUCGGACAGUUCCGGUAUUCCGAGAGACACGACAAGUGCCGACAUUAUGGCAUUUGUCUCGCAUGCGCCACAACUGGUACAACUCCGUUUGCACGGCGUCAAAAUGUCACCCGCUUCUUUACUCGAAAUUCUCGCCGGGAUACCAGCGCUGCAGAAGCUCGUCGUGGAAAACUUGUAUAACUACUUGCCAGUAGAGGUUGUUACCGCACUGGCGCUGCAACCAGAGGCUCGGGCCGCUCGGCAAGAACCCAGUGAGGCCGGUAGUGACUCGAAUCACCAAGUCCCUUCAAGUUCGAAAUUCCAUCCGCUUGUUCCACAACUCCAACAUCUCGAGCUGGCUGGCUUUGAGAAAAUAGGCCUCAGUAGUACGGAAGCAUUCGUUAGCCUGGUGCGAAGCCGGGUCAACAAGGGCUUGCGAAGGGUCAAAUUCUAUGGAUCUGGCCUCCCCUACAAUUUAGACGAUGAAUUGAGGAACGAAGGCUUUGGAUUUCUGCUAUAUGUAACCAUAUAA